GCGAGGGUGGGGGCUUACCACAAGGCUCACCUGAGCAGAAGUUGUUUUGCAGGCAUGAGAAAUCACAGUGAGAGCAACGCUUUUUCACCAUAUGUUAAUGUGAAGAGUGAACAGUAAAUGGUUAAUCUUACUGCGAUCUGGUUCUUAUUAACUGUGGUUUAUCCGGACGUUAAAUUCGGCGUUUCGUUACACCCGAAGGAGAACGUGACAGUGAAAAAGCGGCAUUAUCAGGUGUUUCAAGUGCUGCAAUGUCAGCUCAAUCCAGCAUCAAGUCGACGCCGCUCAGCGACAAGGGCAGUAAACCGACAUCAAGUAAGCCCACCCGGGCGUUAUCAGGUGUUCCAAGUGCUGCAAUGUCAGCUCGAUCCGGGAUCAAGUCGAUGGCGCCCAGCGACAAGGGCAGUAGAACGACAUCAAGUAAGUCCGCACAGGCAAGAGCCAAGGCAGAAGCCGCCAAGGUGCGACUGCAUUACGCCAGACAAGAAGCAGUUUUGAAAAUGAAACUGGCCACCAGAGAAGCCGAAAUCCAGAAAGAAGAGGCUGCCAGAGAAGCCGAAAUCCAGAAAGAAAGGGCCGCCAGACAAAGAGAAGAGGCUGCCAGAGAAGCCGAAAUCCAAAGAGAAGAGGCUGCCAGAGAAGCCGAAAUCCAGAAAGAAAGGGCCGCCAGACAAAGAGAAGAGGCUGCCAGAGAAGCCGAAAUCCAAAGAGAAGAGGCUGCCAGAGAAGCCGAAAUCCAGAAAGAAAGGGCCGCCAGAGAAGCCGAAAUCCAGAAAGAAAGGGCCGCCCGAGAAGCCGAAAUCCAGUUGGAAAUGGCAAAAAUAUCGACAGAGUUGCAAGUGCUGCAGCUAGAAAGAGAAGAAGCUGCUGCCAUGGCGGAAGCAAAGUACAUAGAAGAAGCUGAAGGGUCGCGUGAUCUGACCGCAGCAAGAUCUACUUUAGAAAGGACCAGACUGGAACGCACAAGCGACUAUGUACAAUCUCAAAUAGACAGGCAGGCUCGUCUCCCCUCUCCAUACGUAUUCGAUAACUUCCCCAGCUACGAGGAACCUCAGAGAGUCACGAUUGCAUCACAUCCAUACGAGGAAGGAAAUUUACCCUCACGGCUCCGUGAUGAAGUCAAGAAUGAAAGAACCGACAACGCUCCUUCACCCCCACAACAGGACGGCGGGGAGGGAGAGGUUCACUCCAGGACAACAAUUGUCAGCUCGAACUGUACAGAAGUUUGCGGUCAAACUCAGUCAAGCCGUUCUUGUUCCGAGAUCUGCCUCACUGAGGUGUACCCUAAAGAAGCACAACAAGACAUUACCAAGCGUAAAGUAACCGACGAGACGCUAGGUCAGUCAGUUUUCGUUCAAACCGAGCACGGAAACAAACUUGCACAAUCAGCUCAAGAUACCAUUUCUUUAAAAACCAAAGACACCAAGGUCUUCAGAGAUGAAGCAAAUAAUGGGGUUGCCCCAUUGCCAAUCAGAGAACCACGCCAGCGCUCACCAGAUAACAAAGAGCAGGCAGUCAAACGGUUCACGUCCUUACGGAAAACCUGGAAAAGGAAACCUGAGAUACAGCAACGCACCCGAUUGGCCCACGAGGUACUGUGCACCCUAAUGGCAGAGGUCACAGCCAUUAUAAACGCACAAUCAUUCCUACCUGUGUCUUCUGACCCAGAAAACCCCUUUAUACUUUCGCCAUCAACGCUCCUUACGCAGAAGGCAGGAGCACCUCCUCCACCAGGAGACUUCUCAGACAAGGAUUUGUACACAAAGCAAUGGAGACAAGUCCAGGCUCUGGCAAAUCAGUUCUGGCCUCGCUGGAGACAAAAAUAUCUACCUUUGUUGCAACAGAGACAAAAGUGGACAGAACCCCGAAGGAAUCUUCAAGUUGAAGACUUAGUCCUGCUCAGGGACAAGCAAGUCGCUCGCAACAGCUGGCCAACGGCCAGAAUCACUGCUACAUUCCCUAGCGAGGAUGGACAUGUCAGGAAGAUCGAAUUGAAGACUACCGACCAAGGCGAUGUAAAAAUUUACCAAGGGCCAGUUACAGAAGUUAUUCUACUUCUACCCAAUGACUGAUUAAAAGACUAAGUUCUGUACUCUGCUCAUUGUGACCUUACGAAGGUCAAGCGGGGAGUGUGCUGUCUUUACGACAGUUAUUUAGUUUAUAAUAUUUUCGCUUAGUAAUUCAUUCAAUAGUAUUUUCUAGUUAGAAUUAGAAGUGUUUAAAGUGUAUUCAUUGCAUGUAAAAUAUAUCGGCAUGC